UUUACCGCCGAGUAUAAUAAAUACCUGUCGCUUUUUUCAGCCAAAGAGUUUUCACCGUCCCUGUCAAGCGGAGCGGAGACUGCAGGUGUCAAGGAAGACAGAGGAAGAAAUAGAAAAGCAAUGAAGGAGCUCACUUCAGAGCAAGAGAUGGGAGAGGAGGGUACCUUGCCUCCUACUGACUUCUCCAACCAGCACAGCAUUCAGGAUGGCAUGCAGGAGGAGGUCCCAUUCUAUCUGCAAGAGGAGCCACCGCAAGUGCUUGAUAAGGACCACCCCAGUUCGGAGGGAGGCGUUCUGUGGAGAGUGGGUGGUGGCCUGUUCAGCAUGACGCGAAGCGUUGUUGGUGCCACAUUCGGGGGUGUGGCCUGGGUAGGAAAUAAAAGCUUUGAGCUCACAAAGACAGCUGUGACCAGUGUGCCGUCAGCCAGCGUUGGAUUGGUCAAAGGGAGCGUUUCCAUGGUAACAGGAGGUGUGGGGACAGUAGGUUCUGCAGUAGCCAGUAAAGUCACGCCCAAGAAGAAAGACAAGACUGAUUAAUGGACAGAGACGGUGUGUUUUGUGUGUUUGUGCGUAUGAAUAUGCAUAUGUACAUAGGAAUGCUAGUCCAUCCUAUGUAUUUAUCCAUGUGUCUUUGUGUGUAUCUAUAUGUUUAUCUGUAUAUAUCUUUACCCACUUUGGAUUCAUCUCAUUAAGGAAGCGGUCAAAGGGAAUCACGAUCGCAGUCAAGCAAGGGUCCUGUUAUCAUGCGAGUUCACUGUGUUAAAGUCAGAACACACCAGUGCCAGAUGAUGCACGUCAAAAAACCUCCUAACCAUUUCAAAUUAAAAGCGCCACACCAGCAGCAGCUAGUUCAAGUUGAAGUACGUGACAGCUCAGAACACUUUCAUUCUGCAGCACUGAUGCUCCUUUGGGUGAAAGGUGUCAGAGCAAUGCUAAAACAGCACUUUCCAGCUAGCGUUCAUUCUAUUUGUGCUACAUACAACAUGUAACACGAGUCAUUUGACUCGCCAACUCCGUUUCUGCACUGGUGUGUUUUCGGCUUUAAAGAUCAGCAGAAAUGGUUUAACUGGUUCCUGUGCUGUUUCUAUUGUUGUAUGGAUCAGCAUGUUGUAGAACUACUUUGACUGGUCUAUGUGAUAUUUCUCAGUGGCAAGAUCCCAUCAAGAGCGAAUAUCCUGGAAAUAUUUAAAUUAUUUUGGAGGAAAGAUGAUGACAGUGAUGUAAAAAAAAUUGGGAAAUGUUUUAAAAUGUAAAAAAAAAUUACUUUAGAUAAUCAUAGUUUACCCAAGGCUGAUAAAACCCAGCGGCUCCAGAAUUAUUUUUUUUUGAUGAAGACAACUGUUAAUAGUUAUCAUAAAGUUAUUUUCCAUAAAAUAUGCCCCUUGAAGCUGGUUUAGGUAAAAGCUGAAAUUACACAGGUUUUAGUCGAACUCUAAUUUUAGAAGCUAUCUAAAUCUGCCUCAUUCAAUUAUUGGACUUAAAUGGCACACAGUGCUAGAUUUUUUUCACUCACAUCCCAUCCUGCGGAUCACUAAGAAUUGUGUACAAGGAUAAUGGGCUUUCUGUAAGAUGCUUAUUUAUUCUAAAUCAAACCAAGUCCACCUUCAUAUUACCACACAAAGGGCCUCUCUUUAUGGAUCGAUAGCCUUGUGGCCUGUCCAGGGUGUCUCCCCGCCUGCCACCCAAUGACUUCUGCGAUAGGCUCCAUCAUCCCGUGACCCCAAUUGAGAUAAACGGCUUGGAUAAUGGAUGGAUGGAAGUCCAGUAUGUCCAGUUCUGCCAUUGACUUCAAUAUGUAAAUCGACAAAUUGUUAUAUUAAUACAUGCAUAUGACCGCUAAUAUAUAAGAUAUAUAUAUAACCUGUUGAGUCAUAGAAAUUGGAAAGAAAUAAGAUUAGGCCAGGCUGUCAGCGGUUUCUAAGCAAUCUGGUUCGUGUUUAAGCAGCUUGACAACUCUUCACAACUGUGCUAUCAGGAUGUUUCAGGAGUUAAUGUACUAUAUAUCAUAAAGGAUUACCAUAAGUUGCUACCAUGAGGAAUUAAGUGUAUUGUCUUAAAGUGAUUACCCAGUGCUCAUAGUGUCUGCCCCUUGCACACUCUGCAUCCUUCAUGUAAAGGGCUUCAGUCAUUGAGCUUGAUCAUUAUUGGCAAUGAUUCACAGAGCCAAAUUAUGCCGCUGAAAUAUUGUCAACUUUCCUUUUACUUAUGGUAUCAUUCCCCUUCUCUCUUCUGGACAGUAAUUUUCAUUAAAGGGUGUCCGGGGAUGUCAAUAGACUAUUUUAGGCCUCUGCCUCCCUCAAAGUAGCACAGUUCUUAAUGUAAAUGAACAUAAUGCACCAAAGAGCAUACACAUAUUGGUCAGAUACCAAGGUGCACUAACACAAUUUUAAUCAUUUUGUAGGCUUUAUUAAUGCCAGAGGGAGCAUUGACGAUAGGUAGUGUUAAACAUCUGUGUUGGCAAGAAAAUGCAUUAAAAAUGAAUAGGAUUAGGGAGGCUACAAGAUGAAAAAGGAAACUGCUUUGUUGGUGAGUCUAAAGCAGCUGUAAUGGAGAAAUCUUUUGAUAUAAAAUGUAGUUUUGAUAUUUUUAAAAAAAUCAUGCGAUGAUGUUUUCUAGUAAAACAUGCAGAAUAUAGGAAAACAUGCAGAAUAUCCACAGUCAUUUCAGAUUCCUAAGUAAUGUUAUUGAUAUCCAAAGGGCAAGUUUCCUGUUCACCUUUAGAUGGACAGUAGUCUUUAACAAAACUGAAUUAAAUGCAUUUUUAAAGGGGAUGAUGCUUCAGCAGAAAGAGAGGUGGAAAGGAAAGUCAGUGUCCCAUUUUUCUGUCUUACCAAUAAUAAGGACAAAGACGCCUGUCUUUCAAGCAGACCUGUGCACAAACAAAGAAAUAUUUAAACGUCAUGUUCACACAUCACAUAUUCCCAACUGGAGCUGUGCAGAAGUCCAUGGGAGCCCUACGUCUCUUUAAGCAGUCAAAAAAGAGCCCAGUGUAUUGAUACACACAUACAGGGAUGCCAGUCAGGGGAAAGAUGAGAAUCCGGCACAGUUAAAGUUAACAGAAUUGUUUGGUGUAAAAAGAGUAAAACUCUUGAAGAUGAGGCUUUUGACAUGUUUCCACCAUCUUAAACAUUUGUUAUUGGGAAAACAACUUUCAUGUGUCAUUUGCAUUUCAUACUUGGUUUACCUUCAUGACUGGUAGCACCUCCUCACUCCAGCAAUGUAUAUCAUGUGCCUAACGGAGAUCCACUAUACGGAUAUCCUAGUUAACAUUGUCAUUACCAGGGGUGUCCGGGUAGCAUGGUGGUCUAUUUUGUUGCCUACCAACACAGGGAUCACCGGUUCGAAUCCCUGUGUUACCUCCGGCAUGAUCGGGCAUCUCUACAGAUACAAUUGGCCGUGUCUGCGGGUGGGAAGCCAGAUGUGGGUAUGUGUCCUGGUCGCUGCACUAGCACCUCCUCUGGUCGGUCAGGGUGCUUCUUUGGGGGGAACUGGGGAAAUGGGAAUAGCGUGAUCCUCCCACGCACUACGACCCCCUGGAGAAACUCCUCACUGUCAUGUGAAAAGAAGCAGUUGGCGACUCCAUAUGGAGACGUGGUAGUCUGCAGCCCUCCCCGGAUCAGCAGAGGGGGUGGAGCAGUGACCGGGACAGCUCGGAAGAGUGGGGUAUUUGGCCAGAUACAAUUGGAGAGAAAAAGGGGUAUAAAAAAACAAAAACAUUGACAUUACCAGUGAAUCAUAUUAAAACUGAGCUGUUUCUGUUUUUGUUUUUUUUUAAUAAAUCCGAGGAACACACUUAUUUUAGGGUUACAUCGGACAUUUUGCCAUAGGCUCAGCUAAAUAACGGUGCCUGAUGAGCAUGUAGGGACUCGGUGUCUUGCUCGGUGAUAAUUCAGAAGGGCCGACGAUUGCUGUUAUGGUGGUUGAACCAUGACAACCCUCCUGGGGUAAAAACUUCCCACUAAGGUCAAGGGCACUGUUAAGAAACCCUUGUGACAAGAUGUGUCAUGAUGCCCUGUCCUGGAUGCAUCAACUUAGUACAGUAGAUCUCACUUGCCUGGGGUUCAUUGAAAGUAUCCCCCCAACCCCCCACCUAGGUUCCCCGUUUUCAUCAAUAUGUACCCUGCUUCUCAGUUUCCCUCACAGCAUUAGUUCGAACAACCUGCAUGCCCGUCAGUCAGCUUGCAGCUCGCAUCACCUUGUUGUUUCUGUGAUGACCCCAUCUUUUCCUUACAGGGUAGCUUAACGAAUAACAUGAGAUUUAUUUUUCUUCACCGUAACUGGUAAUAUGCUUGCCAACAAACAAUAUCAAACUUGAAUUCAAAAUGUCAAAAAGGUAUCGGUAGAAUUUAUAAGUGCAUCCAGUUGGUAUGGGACAGACUUGCCAGGAAGACCACGGUAUAGGACUUUGGCUAGAAUGGCUAGCUUUUUGUUGUUUUUUAUUGUGGUGCCAUUUUUCAUCACAAAGCUUAACACAAAUGGCCUCAAACUGUAGGGGUGACACCAACACAAAGCGAGAAAGUUCUUCUGGUUAGCAGUUACAUCAGCCUUGUUCACAAACCUGUCCAUCGUGUGGUUAUGUGAAGGCCAGUUUCUUUAACUUUGUCAUUUUUUUUUCUAUUGCUUGAAUUUUGUACAGUAUAUGGACUGCCUCUGUGAAUCUCCUUUUUCACACAGUCAAAAUGGUUUCUUAUUUCCUUUGCAUACAAUCACUGCAUGUCUCAAGAUGGUGUAUAUCCUAAAUACAAUCUCUUUUUUUAUUUUGUUAUUUCUCUUACCAAUGUCUAUUUCCCGUUAUGCUUCCCCUUUGUAUCUUUUACCCCUCUCCAGUUCCCCGAAUCUCUCUCUGACCUGUCUACCUGUGUCUGUUAUUUCUCUCUCUCUCUCUCUCUCUCUCUCUCUCUCUCUCUCUCUCUCUCUCUCUCUCUCUCUC